AUGGAUAAUGAAAAUCCCAACACUGCCCCCAGCCCACCAGAACAGAACAUGGAGGUGGUCCCACCGAAAGAGUUAAAAAGCCAGAAGUCCACCAAUAAUAUUCUGAUCUAUUUAGUUGACAGGAAGCUGGGGAGGCCCAGAAAUGAUAUGGAUUUGUUUGAAUGGAUUUGGUCAAUAAAAUAA